AUGCCAGGGGAACAUGGGGGAGCAGGUUGCAGUUGUCAGCAUGAGGCUGCAAUAACCGGAGGGAAAGACUUACUUCCUCAUAUUGAAUUAGAUAAAGUACUGGCUUUAAAUGAGCUAAAUGUAGGGUCUUGCAAAGGAAUAUUUAGGCCGUACGAAGAAAGAUUACGUGAAGAUAAAGUGUGCAAAUCCCAAGAUGACGACCCAGAGUUGAUCAUCUUUGUAAAAUUUUCUUCUCCAUGUAAAAUCAAUUCUCUUAAUAUUAUAGGAGGAGAAAAUGGUAAAUCCCCAAACAGAGUGAAUCUCUAUAUAAAUGAUGAAACUCUAGAUUUUUCCAGUAUUCCUGAUCAAGAACCUGUUCAAAGCUUAGAUUUAGUUGAAGAUUAUUGUGGAACGGUCGAUUACUCUCUUAAAGUAUCAAAGUUUAAGAAUGUAGACCUUUUGGUUAUGCAUUUUCCAAGCUCUUUUUCAAACGAUCAGAGUUGGAUUUAUUAUAUCAGAAUAAUAGGUGAGAGUUCAGGAUAUCAGAGGAAAGCAGUACAAGCAGUGUAUGAAUCAAAACCAAAUGUUUUGGACCACAAGUCUAAUGCCGAAUCGUUAAAUCACUUUAGUCUGAUGUGA